UUUUCCUUUGCAGUUGGGCAUGGCAUGCGCUUUGGAAACUCUCUGUGGCCAGGCAUUUGGUGCAAAGCAGUACCACAUGAUGGGAAUCUACCUGCAACAGUCAUGGAUCAUCCUGACCUUUGCUGCAAUCAUCAUCCUACCAUUGUACAUCUGGACGGCCCAGAUCUUGCGUCUGCUUGGCGAGAGCGAUGAAUUAUCAGAGAUGGCCGGUCAGAUCGCGCUCUAGUUCAUCCCCAUCGUUUUCUACUUCAUGUUCUCUGCUACAUUGCAGUUCUACUUACAGGCCCAGCUGAAGAACUCGAUCAUUGCGUGGCUAUCGAGCGCUUCGUUCGUGAUCCACGUGGCGCUUUCGUGGAUCUUCGUGUUCAAUUUAGGGUGGGGCAUUCCAGGUGCGAUGGGAUCGAUGAUCGGGGUUUCGAUCAUCGGUGAAUUCAACUAUGUUUUCGGUGGAUGGUGUCCAUUGACGUGGCGGGGAUUUUCGAAAAGUGCUUUAUCGGAGCUGUGGUCCAUGGCGGGGCUCUCGGUAUCAUCGGGUGUGAUGAUGUGCGUAGAGCUAUGGUACAACGCGAAUCUCAUCUUGUUGACUGGUUACAUGAAAAAUGCUACGGUGGCCAUAGCUGCUUUUUCUAUCUGUCUCAACAUCACUGUCUGGAUACUGAUGAUUGGCUUUGGCUUCUUAUCUGCAACAUGAAAUCUCUAUGAAGAGUCGAGAGAAGCUCCAUGGAUUCAGAGCAAUUAUCCCCUUCCAUCCCUGUGUCAAUAGAAUCAAACAUAGAGUGGCCGAAUGGAAAGAGAGAUAAAUGUCUCAGGCAGCCAAGGUUAUGCUGAUUAUCCCCUUCCUGUCCACACGUUGGCAGCUUUGGAUGUGCCUGUCUCAGUGCUUUCUUUUUUGAAGAAGAGCUUGGCGGAUUUCUUCUAGGGCUGGGAGAAUGGGAGGAAAAAGCAGCAUUGGAGUUGUUCGAAGCAGAUCACUUUGCCUAAGAAAGAAAGAGGGCUAGGGAUGAAAAAUCUGA